AUGGCUUUGGUGAAAACCAUUAGCAAGAAGACAGAGUUUGACGGUUGUUUGAAGCUGGAAAAGCCGCGGCUGGUGGUCUUUUACUUCUCUGCCAGCUGGUGUCAGCCUUGCCAUUUGAUGGCACCCAAGUAUGCAGAGUUGGCCAACAUGCCGGAAUUCGUCAAUAUCGAGUUCGUCACGGUCGAUGUGGAUGAAGCUGAGGAGACAGACUUGGGCGUGGACGAAACGGACAGUCGUGAGUGGCAGUGUGUCAAAGCCUUUAUCGCCUAUGCCAUCCACUUCCUCUUCUGUUCCUUUGGGGUGGUCAACCGGGUCCGGCGUCCGGUGAGAAAGCGGACCGAGGAGAUUGCCGAUGCGGCUGGCAUCGAUGCGGUGCCCACCUUCCAGAUCUUCCGUGGAGAUGCUCAGGCGGUGUCUGUCAAACGGAGCACGGAUUUGGGAGUGGGGCGGAUCGGUGCCACGGUGCUGGAGGAGGUGGACCCGUCCACUAGCAGUUGGGUCACAGAGGCCGUGGCGCAUGCUCGAGCGCUUCUGGGCAGCAGGCCGCCGCCUCAAGGAGUACCAGAGGCUGCAGCCUUGCUGACGUCAAUUCUGCUGCGUGUUCCAGAUCUCUGGGAAGAAUUAGCAGAGGACACCUUGGUGGCCUUUGGCAAUGUGGCGCCCAGCGGAGAUGCCUCUGGGUGUGCCAGGAGCCGAAGUGGGGGCCCUGCAUUUGUUCCCGGACGAGAAGACCUCUCUGCACGAACGAGGCGUUUACUCCUGUCCAGUUUGGCACCAGUGGUUUGCCAGGGUGAAGACAAGGGGUCAUUGCCAGCAUCACUGGUUUCUUUGCUAUGUCUUCUUGGCGAGGCUGAAGCAGAUGAGGGCCGCUUCCUGGCGGCCUUUCGCACGCUGCGCCGUGCGCAGGCCAUGGCCCAAAAAGAUCAAGCUGGCAGUGAUCGAGCAGAGGCAGCUCUGCAGGGUCUGCGUGCUGCGGCACUGCAGAGAUGGCACUUCCAAAUGAUCAAUGAUGUUCCGCGUGGAGAGCAGUAUGGACGUGCAAUUGCCUCCGCGGUGUUGCAGCUCUCUCAGAGGCCGGAGGGCCGCAAGGAGGGUGUUAGAGCCUUGGACAUUGGUGCUGGCACUGGAUUGCUGUCAUUGAUGUGCGCUGGGCUCAAGGGUGUUCGAGAAGUACAUGCUUGUGAGAUGAAUGACGCGCUUUGCAGUGUCGCACAGGAGGUCAUUGCCUCCCAGAAGCACUCCUGCCCUGUUACCCUUCAUCCGGCAGUCAGCACUGCCUUGAAGCUGCCGAAGUUUGACCUCAUUUUCUGUGAGGUCUUUGAUGCUGGCCUUCUGGGUGAGCAUGCGCUGCCAACCAUCUUGCAUGCUCGCAAGGAACUUUUGAAAGCCGAUGGCUUGCUGAUCCCUGCGCGUGCGAGGAUCUUUGGACAGCUCGUGGAGGCGCCCCUGCUGCUGGAGCGCUUUCGCGUGGCCCAGUCCGCUGGAGUGCCGCUCAAAGGAGCCUAUCUUCGCAAUAGUGAGCGGUACACCUGCGAGACCAUGUCGGUUGUGCCUCAUGUGGCACUCACAGAGCCGGUGCAAUUGGUCUCCCUUGACUUUCAGGAGAUCGAGUACUUGUACAGCAACUUGGGCACCUGGAUCGAUCCACCUUUGGAGCUCCACGUGACGAAGGCUGGAGCAGCUCACGCGCUGGUCUAUUGGUGGGAACUUGACUUGGAUGCUGCGGGUGAAUGCCGAAUCCACACAUCACCCACAGGUGGCUCCGACUCCUGGGAACAAGCGGUGAAACCCUUGACCUUCUCCAUCGACCAAGCGCUGCACCUACACGAGGGUGAUCAAGUCCACUUGCACCUGCGUGUGCAGGCGGAUGGUCUUGAGGUCCUGCUGCAGGACGCAGAGGGCCACGCAAGCAGUCUUGAGGCACCAGAGCCCACCUGGCCGGACGUGGAGCUGGAAGAGGAAGAGUUACUCCGCUUCAACGACACGGAGCACUGGAAGGUGGUCCAGAGUGCUUUGGAACAUGCCUUUCACAGUUUGCCGGAGCAGCUUCCAGUGCAAGUUGUGGACAUUUCAGAGUCGCUGCCCGUGGCGCUGCUGUCACCUGUCAUUCACACCAGAGCCAGUGGAAUUGUUGCAGGUGUCAGCAGCAAAGCUGAGAAAGAGGUAAUGCAAUCUUUGUUGGCGCAUUCCGAGCUUCCGGCUGAGGUGCACUUGCUCCUUGCAUCUCCACAACAAGUGAUCCAGGCGGCAUUGCCUGCACCAUAUCCACCGGCCAAGGAUGGGCCGAGCGAAGAGACAUGGCCGGCGGCUGUCUUGGUGUGCGAGGACAUCGUCGGAGCCUCCGGACAUCUUCGAUCUGAGGCCCUCCAGGACUUGGCCCUGCUGUGGCGGAGCCUGGGAGGUCAGCUCAAGUCACGUGAGCUUCGAGUGGUGCCCGAGGCGAUCUCCUUGAAACUCCGUCUCAUUGAGAGCACAGAGUUGGAAAGGAGGACGCGAGUGGUGGAACGCCCUGGCGGAGUGGACGUCUCCGAAGUGAAUGCGUUGAGCGUGACAGAGUUUCUCAGCUUAGAGGAAUCCGUCCUGAAGCCCAAAUGGCUGAGUGCUGAGGUGGACGCCUUGACGCUUCCCUUAGCUUCCGCACUUCCGACAGCUUUGGCUGCUCUGAGCGCCAGAGGAAAGGAUGGGCAGCCCUUGCUACGGGUACGUCUGGUGGCGACCGCUGAGGGAAAGGUCAAUGGCAUCGUGGUGAGAUGCUUGUGGGCGAAAGCAGGCCUUGCUAUCGAGAAGCAAGCAGAUGGGAGGCUCGCCGGCAUCCUUUGGCCGAACGACGCGGUCAACAGAGCACCGGACUUGAAGGAUUUAAGCCUGGCGUGA